AUGGCUCAGCCUCUGGGAUUUGUAGAUCAACGCCACCCAGGUUAUGUGUGCAAACUUCAUAAAGUACUCUAUGGCCUUAAGCAAGCCCCAAGAGCUUGGUAUCACCAUCCCAAUCAGUCACUCCUUCAUAUGGGGUUUAAAAUGUCUCCAGCUGACAACUCCUUGUUCACCUUGACUACAGGUCAGGUUAGGAUUUUUGUCAUGGUUUAUGUCGAUGAUAUUCUUAUUACCAGGAAUUCUACUGAUCAAGUUACUCAGUUGGUUCAUCGUCUCGGUGCUGCCUUCUCUCUCAAAGAUCUUGGAUCUUUACAUUACUUCUUGGGUAUUCAGGCCAUUCCAACAUUAGAAGAUUUGCUUCUCUCACAACAAAAGUAUAUUAUUGACAUUCUGAGUAGAACAAAUAUGACUGGUGCCAAGCCUAUCUCUACACCCCUACCGGCCAAUUCCACAUUGACAAAAGUUGGAACACCUUUUUCAGACGCCACUCUAUAUCGUCAAACUCUUGGGGUCCUUCAAUAUCUCACCAUCACUAGGCCAAAUAUUUCUUUCGCAGUCAAUAAACAUGACCUUCUCAUCCACCAGAACUCAUCAGCUCAACUUCAUGCUUACUCUGAUGCAAACUGCGCUGGCUGCCCAGAUGACCACAAAUCAACGGGAGCCUAUGCUACCUUCCUUGGUCACAAUUUGAUCUCUUGGAAUUCGAAGAAACAACCUACUGUUGCCCAUUCCUCUACUGAAGCUGAGUAUCGGGCCGUCGCCAAUACAACUUCUGCCACUAUAGAAUGGGCCAUGACUGAACUGCUUCUACACCGAGACAAAAUGUCCAUAGCUCAGUUUGAGCUGAGAUGGGCCAUGGGCACAGAACGCCUUGUGAAGGAGUCUGAUAUCCAGCAGCUCCCGCUCAUGAAGGAGACACUGCGGUUGCAUCCACCGGUUCUUCUUCUCAUUCCACACAGAGCAUAUGCAACUACAGAGCAGGCUUCACCAUCCCUAAGAACACUCAAAUUCUUGUGA